GAAUUAUUUUUGUUAUUUUUUCAGCGGAGUAAUCUUAACGGGCUACCGAAGAACACAUACUUCAUCUUCAUACGCCACAAACAUGCAAGAAUCAAAAUUUUACGGACAGCUAUGGCGCGUCUGCUGUAUACAAGUUGGGUAUUAUUUUUAACCCUCACUCCAAUCCACGUUUACAAGAUUCAUGAACCGGAAGCCCGGGCAAAACGACAGGCGAUGUGCGGUCCACCGGAAGUUAAGACCGGAAGUCUUAUUCUGAAUUCAGAAGGAACGUUUCCAGAACAGGAGUAUCAGAAAGUCAAAUCUAAUUUAUCAGAUGAAAUGCAGGUCAUCUUGCAACAAAGGAAUGAAGCGGCUGUGAAGCAUCUAGAACUUGAGAGUAACGCGGUUUCUCGUUAUCCGGAAUGCAUGUACAAUGCCAUGUGUAACACUUCAAGAAAAAUGGUCUGCAGACAGAGGAUUAAGUCUGAUACAGAAAACUGCUGGAUUAUCGAAAAUGUCAAUAUCGCCGAAUGCGAUUUAAAACUGGAACACGACUUCUCUUGUGCCAAAUUCGAAAUACCCAAGGCAGUCGGCGUCGGUUGUUUUCCGAGCUACUUUAAUCGAAACGUGUUGGCAUUCUGUUUGGGACCCCCGAACAAAAUCGUCUCAAUGAUCAUUCAAAUACCAAAUACAUGCAAAGCACAAAGUUAUGAAUGUCAGCUCCAAAAGUGAUAGAAAAGAACAAAACAAGGAACAUUAAUUGUUUAACAUUCUACUAUUUCAAAUGCAAUUAAAAGUAUCUUGCAAUUAAUAUACUACUCAAAAUUUUAUUGGACGCCGCGUGCACGCGGCGGCAAGUUGAUAUGCAUUCGUCCAUUCAGCAAUGGGGAAAAGUUAAGUCUUGCUUUCGUUUAUUUGUCUUUUUGUUUUUGUUGUUUGUUUGUUUUGUUUAAACGAAAUUACACAGUUUUCAGAUUCUUUAAUAAAACUACAUUUUCUAAUGUUCAACAUGUUUCCGAGGUUUAGAAAUUAAAAUAAACGUUUU